CCCGGCGGGAGGGGCGGGCGCGCGCGGCGCGGCGCGGGCCGUUUGGCGGGAACUGGUUUCGGGAGAGGGCCCCGUGGAGGCCCGCGGUCUGCGGCGGGGAAGCCAGGGCCCCGCGGCCACGGGAGCGCCGCCGUCUCCGCCGACCCUCGCUGGCGCGUACGGUGGAGGCCUCUUCCGCCCGUUGUCAGGCGGAGGCUGCCCACGGACUCAGUCGGUGUGCUGCGUCCUGAGGAGAAGGUCGGGAGGGGUAAGGACGGCUCUGCCUUUGAGUUGGGCGUCGGUCUCACCUCUCCUGCCAGGAUGCUGGUUGCCUGCGGCAUGCAGCGAUGUCACCAGGAAGCGCUAAAGAAGAACCGGGUCGUGCUGGCAAAACAGCUGGUUUUAAAAGAAUUGCUGGAGCAUUUGAUAGAGAAGGACAUCAUCACGCUGGAGAUGAUGGAAAUGAUACAGGCCAAGUCUGGGAGCUUCAGUCAAAAUGUGGAAUUCCUCAAUUUGCUGCCCAAGAGAGGCCCUAAUGCAUUCUCAGCCUUCUGUGAAGCUCUAAGAGAAACCAAACAGCAGCAUCUGGAGGCAGUGAUCUUGAAGACAACAUCCAACUUGAGCCAUGGGAUUGCAAGGCUUGAACACUGUUACAGAUCAGAUCUUCCAUUCUCUGCCAGUGAGUUAUGUAACUCAAAGAGACCGCGAUGGAUUGAACCAAUGGAACAUUCCUUGGAUAAUGGAGAUGGUCCCCCAGUGCCUCCAGUGAAAUACUGCACUCCUGAAUUUUAUCGUGAUCAUCAGCACUUGGCAUAUAAACUGACAUCAGAGCCCCGAGGCUUAGCUCUUGUUCUAAGCAAUGUCCAUUUCAGCAGUGAGAAGGAUCUGGAGUAUCGCGCAGGGGGAGAUGUAGACUGUACUUCCCUGGAGAUGCUUUUCAAGCAUCUUGGUUACCAAGUGACUAUCUUUCAAGACCAAACUGCACAGGAGAUGCACAAUGCUCUUGAGAGGUUCUCUAAGCUGCCAGAUCAUCGCAAUGUGGAUUCCUGCAUAGUAGCUUUACUUUCCCAUGGUGUGGAAGGUGGAGUUUACGGCAGCGAUGGCAAACUGCUACAGUUGCAGGAAGCUUUCCGGCUAUUUGAUAAUGCAAACUGUCCAAAUCUCCAAAAUAAGCCCAAAAUGUUCUUUAUUCAGGCCUGCCGGGGAGAUGAGACAGACCGAGGAGUGGAUCAAAGAGAUGGGAAAGAAUGGUCAGAUUCCUCAGGCUGUGAGGAAAGUGAUGCAAACAAAGAAGAAAAUCUCAAGCUGCGUUUGCCUACAUGUUCUGAUAUGAUCUGUGGAUAUGCUUGUCUGAAAGGCACUGCAGCCAUGAGAAACACCAAGCGUGGGUCCUGGUAUAUUGAGGCUCUCACCUCUGUGUUUGCAGAAGACUCCCGAGACACUCAUGUGGCUGAUAUGCUGGUGAAGGUGAACAGGCUAAUCAAGCAACGAGAAGGUUAUGCCCCAGGCACGGAAUUUCACCGCUGCAAGGAAAUGUCAGAAUAUUGUAGCACGCUCUGUCAGGACCUUUACCUGUUCCCUGGCUAUCUGCCAGGAAAAUAGCCUUGCCAGCUGUGAUGGAAGAGAGAUACUGCCAAAGCUGAACUUUGACUAUGGAUGUCUAUGUUUUAGUUCUUAUGGGUUGUGUCAUCAGAUGCACAAGCAAGGAGUGCCAGUCCAAUUUGUGAUGUCUUUUUCAAAAAUAAUCUGGUAACUCUUUGUAAUCUGAUUCAGUUCAGGGUUUAAAAUUUGAAUAUUGAAACAUAUUCUAUAUAUAUAUAUAUAUAUAUAAAUGGUUGGAAAGAGGAUCAGCACUGAAACUGGGAAGAAGUGGGAACAUCCUUUUGAAGGAAACACAUUCGCUUUGCUUACAAAUGAAAAAGAAAAUAGUAUUGAUCCAUUUUUUAUAAGUUAAGCCUUUCUGAAAGGAAAAUUAUUCAUAUGAUGCUACUUACUUUAUACUUGUAUUUUAAAAUUUUUAAAUACUUUCUGCCUGGUUCUUCAUGCAGGAAAGUCAGCUCCUGUGAACAUUAGGAAAAAGCUCCCUUGUGAAGGAGAACCCACCCCCUCUCUAAAAUGGAAGGUUAUUAUUUUCAGUACUUGACAGUUUCUUAUCCAUUUUCAUCACUUAAAAGUUUGGUUUUGCACAUUGCUUCUGUAGCCAAGUUAUCAAGAGAGAACUAGAAGACAUCCCAGGUUAUCAACAAAACAAAAAUAUAUCCAAGUUUGCUCAUACAGACAAAUUAUCCUCCAUAAACUGCCCCAGAAGAAGUUUUGAAUAGAGAAAUUCUAGAUUAGCUCCUCUAAGUCCCAAGAGUAAACAACUGCAUGGAAUAUUACUUUUGAGAGAUUUAUUUGCCAUAGUACCUGUGCAUCACUACAGGCACAGCAUUCAAUCCACUAACUUCUCAGGAGUCUAUAAAUUGCACUGUACAACUGAAUCCCUGAAACUCUACAGUCUUGUACAAAAUUCUACUGAAUUAACAAAAAUAUUCAUGGCAGCUCUUUACAAUCUAAGCAAACAUGUCUAAGCUUAGAUUAGUUAUCACUGCAGUUUCUUACUGUUCUAAAUGAAAGAGAUGAGUUUCAUAUUAUUGCAUUGUUACUUGAGUUUUCCUUCAGAUAUGAUCAUUUGAAGUUGUUUUUUUAGCUAAUAUUGUUUGCAAAGUGUCAUUUCAACUGCCAAUAAGAAAUCUCAUUACAUAAUUCAUCACUUGUUUUUGAAAUUUCCUGACAGUCUCUUCCUGCUGUAAUUUGUCUCUUCCCUGUGUCCAAUUGCAGUUACUCCCAUUUGAUGUGACAUGGGAGAUGGGCAUUGUUCUCUGUGGUAGAGCCUAAAUCCUGAUGUACUGGGUUACGUAUGGACAACUGUUUGUUGUAUCGAGUCUCAAUUUUCUCCAUUUUGUAGCAAUCACAUAAUCACAGAAUGGUAGGGGUUGGAAGGGACGUUUAAAGAUCAUCUAGUCCAACCCCACUGCUCAAGCAGGUUCACCUAGAUCAGGUCACAUAGGUGCGUGUCCAGAUGGGUUUUGAAGACCUCCAGAGAAGGAGGCUCCACACCCUCCCUGGGCAGCCUGUGCCAGGGCUCCCUCACCCUCAUAGUAAAAUAGUUUUUUCUUAUGUUUAAGUGGAAUUUUUUGUGUUCCAGCUUCAUCCCAUUACCCCUUGUCCUGUUGCUAGAUACAAUAAGGGAUGCCCCAACCUCCUGACGUCUACCAUUUUGUAAUUACUAUUUGUAAAUAUUAAUGAGAUUCACCCCUGCAGUCUCCUCUCAUCCAGACAGCCCCAGUUCCUGCAGCCUUUCCUCAUAAGGAAGGUGCUCCAGUUCCAUGAUCAUCUUGGUGUCCCUGUGCUGGACUCUCUCAAGAAGUUCUCUGUCCCUCUUGAGCUGGGGAGCUCAAAACUGGACACAGGACUCCAGAUGAGGCCUCACCAGGGCAGAGUAGAGGGGGAGGAGAACCUCCCUCAACCUGCUGGCCACACUCUUGAUGCAUUCCAGAAUUCCAUUGGCCAUACAGCUCAUUGAUGAAGAUGUUGAACAAGACCAGCCCCAGAACUGAUCCCUGUGGAGCUCCACUGGCCACAGGCCUCCAACUUGAUUCUGUGCUAUUGAUCACCACCCUCUGGGCUCUGUCAUUCAGCCAGCUCUUGAUCCACCUCACUGUCUACUCAUCCAAGCCACACUGCCUGAGCUUUCUGAUGAGGAUGUUAUGGGAGAUGGUGUCAAAAGCCUUGCUGAAGUCAAGGUAGAUGACAUCCACUGCUCUCCCCUCAUCUGCCCAGCCAGCUAUGCACUCAUGGAAGGCUCUCAGGUUGGUCAAGCAGGAUUUCCCCUUAGUGAAUCUACAUUGACUCCCUCUCAUAACUAUCUUUUCCUUCAUAUGUUUAGUGAUAACAUUCAAGAUGAGUUGUUCAAUCAUCUUUCCAGGGAUGGAAGUGAGGCUGAGCAGCCUGUAGUUUCCUGGGUCGUCUUUCCUGCCCUUUUUGAAGGCUGGAGUGACAUUGGCCUUUCUCCAGUCCUCAGGCACCUUGCCUAUCCUCAGUGAAUGUUCAAAAAUGUUGGAGAGCAGCUUAGCAACCACAUCAGCCAGCUCCCUCAGCACUCAUGGAAUAUAUCCCAUCAGGACCCAUUGACUUAUGAGUGUUAAGCUUGGCCAACAGGUCUUUAACCUCUUCCCCAUCCACCCAGGGUAAGUCCUCUGUUGUCCUACUAUCCUUGCUGGACUGGGCUUUCUGAGAGCCAGCCUUGGCUGUAAAGACCAAAGCAAAGAAGACAUUCUUCUUAGAAAGAAGUUCAGACUUCUCUGCAUCAUCUGUCACCAGGGCACCAUGUGUGUUCAUCAGCGGGCCCACAUUCCCCCUAAUCUUCCUUUUACUGCUGUGUACCUGAAAAACACCUUUUCCUUUACUUUCCUGGCAAGUUUUAAUUCUGAAAGGACUUGAACCUUCCUGGUUUCACCCCUGCAUGCUCUGGCAACGUUCCUAUACUUUUCCCAAGAAACCAAGCUCUUUUUCCACCUCUCAUAGAUUUCUGCCUUCUUCCGGAGUUGUCAUAACAGCAGUUAUUUGACAUAGUUCCAGAGUUACUUUUUUUGUGUAAGUAUGGCUUUAAAAAUUUUCUUUCAGGGUAGAAUUAGGAAUAGGGAGCACAAAGGGGUAUGAAGGGAGAGUGGAAGAUUUGGCAUUUGUUUUUUUAUUGUUUCACUUAGAAAGAUGAAGGCUGGAUUUCCUCCAGCUGGCAUAGGUGCAGCAUUAACAUGCAUCUAGCACUUACACACAUGAUAAAUGAAUUGAGGAUUAUACUUGCCAUUUGGUGCCUUACUCUGAAGUUUUAUAUACCAGUUUAGGGGUGGUUGCACCUCUCUGGUGUAUAAACACUUUCUGAGUGCUCUCUCUUUGAAAUGAUGCAAUAUUUUACAGAUAGCUAUAUUGAUGAAACAGUCCACUCUGAUGGAUUACAGUUCUGUAAGAUUGCAUCAAGCUGCAUUAUCACUGCCACUUUUGUAUAUUCUUUUUGUAUACUUGUAUUAUACUGCCUUGAG